AUGGCUGUUGCCUUCACAUACGCAGGAUUUGAAUCUCCGAAAUUAUUAUUGCCAUCCACCAAAGACAACAGUACAACAAACGAAUCAUCAUUUAACCACAAUGAUAGAGAAUCGGCUUACUUUUUUGUCAAGAAUAAUUCAACGCGGCUUUUAACUUUAAAAUCUGACAAAACCUUCAGCAAUGAAACUCCAGAAGUAUUUUCCACUACAACAAAGAUGACCUUUAACACUUCCCUAGUUGUACAAUGCAAAGAGUCGGCGUACGUACAAUGUAUUCCUCAAGAGGUGAAGAUCUUACCCAAAAAGGUGUUUAAUAUUGUUUAUUUAAGGCGCCCCGUAUGGGUAUCUGUGGGUAGUUACAAUCUGGCAUCGUGUCACAUAAACCGGUGUGUAUUGUCGGAUGGACCUGUUACACACGAAACAGACAUAGUGCUAGUCAACGGAGUGGGUCUUCGGGAUAACUUUAAGCCGCCGAAGAGAUGGCCAAACCAGACCUAUAUCCUUGCCAACUGGGAGCCGCCGAUGCACAUUCACUCGGAUUUUUUGAACAAUGAACAGUCUCCAUGGAAUGCUCGCAUUGACCUUAUCAUGACCUACCGUCUGGAUGCUGAUAUCUUUGUCCCAUACUCUUAUCUUGUGUUUAGACCAAAGCCACUGGAACAAAGACCGGAUUACUAUAAGAUCGCCCAGAGCAAGACAAAGACAGCUGUGUGGAUGGUUAGUAAAUGUUCGACGCCUAACAGGAGACUGGAGUACGUCAAGGAGAUGCAGAAAUACAUUGACGUUGAUAUAUUUGGAGCAUGCGGAAAUCCCUGCCCUAGGUCCAGCUCCAACUGCAACAACUGGACGACCACAUAUAAAUUCUACCUCUCCUUCGAGAACUCGCAUUGCAAGGAUUAUGUCACCGAGAAAUUCUUCAAGUUAUUUCAGCAAAACGUCCAUGUGAUUCCUGUUGUGAGAGGCGGUGCUGAUUACCACACACACUUUCCCAAUGGUACCUUUAUCAACACUGCUCACUUCAAAACGGCCAAAGAUUUAGCUCUUCAUUUGAAACAUUUGGCUUCUGAUCUAGAGACAUACAGCAAGUACUUGGAAUAUAAGGACCUAUACGUACAUACUGAAUCUAUCGAUCACUUAUGUCAAUUCUGCUCCUUUUUGCACAUUCAUAAGUUACCCUCUUCGAAAGCGUACAAUUUGAAAAGAUGGAUUGAUGAUAAUCAUUGUUACAAUCCUACAGAUAUAUAA